CCAGCUUUACUUUUCAGUCAAUUUGCAGUCUUCAGUCAGUAAUCGUUGAGUCGAGUUUCCUCUUUUUCAUUUAUUUUGGUACCUUUUGUUUUUACUUUUGUGGCCAAUGGAAAAAUUAAUUAGUGUGCAUAGUUUCCAGCCUAAUCUCCAACCUUUAGAGACUGAUCUAUGGAGAUCUUCGGUCUCUGGUAACAAGAGAAUCGGGCGUUGGUUCCAUCCAAACAUCACCGGCCCUGAAGCUGAAAAGAUGCUGAUGGAGAGAGGAUCGGACGGUAGCUUCUUGGUACGUCCAAGUAAAUCAAAUCCUGGUGAUUUCACUUUAUCUGUCAGAAGAAAUGGUCAAGUCACUCAUAUUAAGAUUCAAAACACUGGUGAUUAUUAUGAUUUAUAUGGAGGUGAAAAAUUUGCAACAUUGGCUGAAUUGGUAGUUUUUUAUAUUGAAAAUCAAGGGCAAUUAAAAGAAAAAAAUGGCUCAAAUAUUGAACUCAAAUAUCCUCUCAACUCAUCAGAUCCAACUAGUGAAAGAUGGUUUCAUGGUGCAUUAUCAGGCAAGGAAGCUGAAAAACUUCUACUUGACAAAGGAAAAAACGGAAGCUUUCUCGUCAGAGAAAGUAUGAGCAAACCUGGUGAUUAUGUUUUAUCGGUCAGAACAGAUGACAAAGUUACUCAUGUUAUUAUUAGAUUCCAAGAUAAUAAAUACGACGUUGGUGGAGGUGAACAGUUUGAUAGUUUAUCUGAAUUAAUAGAAUAUUAUAAAAAGAAUCCAAUGGUUGAAACUUCUGGAACUGUUGUACAUUUAAAGCAACCAUUCAAUGCAACGAAAAUAACUGCUUCAACCAUCGAAAGUCGUGUCAAAGUGCUUUCUAAAGAAAAUGCUCAAAAUAACGGGAAAGCAGGUUUUUGGGAAGAAUUUGAGUAUCUUCAACAACAAGAGUGUAAACAUCUUUAUUCUAGGAAAGAAGGCCAAAGACCAGAGAAUAGAGCUAAAAAUCGUUAUAAAAAUAUUUUGCCUUUUGAUUAUACUCGUGUUAUUUUACGUGAUGGAGAUGCUUCAAUUGGAUCUGAUUAUAUUAACGCAAAUACCAUCAAGCCCGAAGAUGAUAACACAGGAACUCCUUCAAAGACUUAUAUUGCAACACAAGGGCCUUUAUCUAAUUCAGUAGACGAUUUUUGGCGAAUGUUGUGGCAAGAAAGCUCGAGAGUUAUUGUAAUGACCACAAAAGAAGUUGAAAGAUCAAAGAAUAAAUGUGCCCGUUAUUGGCCUCACGAAGGUCAAAGUAAAGAUUAUGGUAAAAUUAAAGUUAAAUGUUUAUCUGAAAAACCGCCAAAAGAUUAUAUUUUAAGAGAAUUAGAAGUUAGUAAAGAAGGCGAACCUGAAACUCGCAUCGUUUACCAAUAUCAAUUUACUGCAUGGCCUGAUCAUGGUGUACCUACUUAUCCAGGGUGUGUGCUCAAUUUCCUCCAUGAAGUCAAUGUGAGACAAGAAUCAAUCGAAGGCUCUGGUCCAAUAAUUGUGCAUUGCAGUGCUGGAAUCGGAAGAACAGGAACUUUCAUUGUUAUCGAUAUGAUUAUCGAUCAAAUCAAAAGACAGGGUUUGGAUUGUGAAAUUGAUAUUCCAAGGACAAUUCAGAUGGUUCGAUCACAAAGAUCUGGACUGGUGCAAACUGAAGCUCAAUAUCAAUUUGUUUAUUUGGCUGUUGAACAUUACAUUGAAACUUUACAGCAGCGUUUAUUGGCCAAACAGCGAAGUCUCAUCGCUGGAAGAGAGUAUACCAACAUAAAGUACGCAAGUGGAGACCUUUCGUCUGCAAUGAACUCCAAGUGAAGGAUAAUUUUAACUAUUUGGGUCAACCAUGAUUAAAUUAACAGAAUCCAUUCCCUUCCUUUUUUACUUAUCUCUCGUUUCUUCGAUUCACACUCUCAACUUCUCAACUUUUCUACUCAAUCGUUGAUCAUUUACUACAUUUUUAUGUUUUACAUGAUGAAAAAACCGUCAGAUUAUCCAAAAGUCAUAAUCUUUUAUUGGAAAAAAACCAUUUCACAAAGGCAUGAACGCCUAUGAGGAUUGUGAGGAAAAGAUAUUCAUCAUUCAUUCAUUUUCUCACAGUGAUUGGCUCUUAUAGCACUAACUUUCAAGCAACAAAUCUAAAUUUUAUUUUUUGUUGGCCACUUGUUCAUGCAUUUUAUUCAAUUACACAAAUCUUGCUACCAUUGGACGGAGUUUGAUAAGAGAUUUAUAAUUUUCUUUCCAGUCAAAAUUGUUUAAAUGAGAAGCAAUUAUUGUCACAACUGCCUCUCGAUUCAAUCAGGGCAAACAAAAAUCUAAGCAUUUAAUUAACUGGUUCAUCUUUAAAGUGGAAAGAAAUAGAAGUCAUCUUCAAACCCAGACUUUUAUGGAUGUGUCCCAUGAACCAGAAGCCAAUGCCAUUCCAUCUGGGGUCAAAGAUAUUGUUGAUACUCUAGAUUCAUGACCUGUUAGAUUUCCUGAAAUGAGCAACAAAAACAAAUGUUUGUUUUAAAUUUUUGUACAAAGGUGUUAGCGAGUCUCCAAUAUCCAUUAUAAACUCUUUUAGCGAUGAUUCCAUUACCAGUGAGAUUCUUCGUAAUUUUCAACAUACCUGCAUAUUUUGAUUUAAGGAUAUCCCACAUGUGAAUCGAUGUAUCAUCUGAUCCUGCCAACAUAAUUCGUCCUGAUAAAGAUAAAACACAAGAAGUGAAGCCACUUCGAGAAUUGGGAGAACGAUAAGCUGAUAUCUCCUGAUCACUGCGAAUAUCAAAAAGCCUGCAAGUUUUAUCCUCUGAUCCAGUGCUGAAUACAUUAUUGCUUCGAUGAAACUAUAUUCCAGCCAUUCAUUAAUUUAAAAGGAAAAACAAAGAUCGUAUGUUGUCCCGUUAAACAGUCAUGGAAGUGUUGAAAAACAAAAAUGUUAUACCACAAAAAAAGAGGAAACGUUAUUUGCUGUUAAAAUGUUACUGUUAUAUCGAAAAUGUCCUCAAGACUUAGACUAGAUACUGUGUAUCGUUAAAUAAUCAUGUUGAAAGGUCUUACAUUGACCGAUGUAACAUCAGCUUCAUGGCCAAAAAAAGUUUGCACUGACUUAUCGGUCCUCAAGUCCCAAAGCUGCAAUGGAUACAAGUAAUUCGACCAUAGACAAAGUCAUUAAAAAUAUAUAUAAUUAUAUAUUCCUUUUUUUAUACAAUGUAUAAUGUAUAUACAAACACACGUAUUACUUGAUUAAUUAAUGUUAGUUCAAUGUUCUAUUUUUUUUAUUUCCUUCUCUCUCUCUCUUUCUCUUUUUGUUAAAGACGACUCUGUAUGGGUCGAAAAAGUACAAACCUUAGCUGUUUUAUCCACAGACCCGGUAACCAAGUUUGACGAAUCAUACGAAAUCGCACAAGAAAUGACAUCUCCAGUGUGACCUCUGAACUCUUUAACUUUGGCUCCAGACUCGACAUCCCAAAGGACACUUUAAAAGCAAAAGGAGAAGUAAAUGAAACAAAGCAAAUACUAAUUGGUAAAGAAAACAAGAUAACUGGUCAACAAUCUGCUCAAGAGCCGUAAGAAUAUCAAAUUUACCGAAAACAAUAAGUCUUGAUUAUUGGCGAUGGUACCAAUCACCAGUAAUGAAAACUCGUCAUCAUCACCAUCAACUUAAACAUCAUCUUCAUCAUCAUUCUGACACAAUUCAUUUCACUUUGAAAAGAACAAAAUAAAUCAAUUUGCCUUAAUUGGCUAAUCCUGUUGCUUUUUUACAUUACAAUUACAAUAACAAUUAUUUCCAUUAUUAUAAACUGCUACAAUAAUUGAUUUUGAUAAAAGACUGACAAGUUAUUCUAUUCUCUUUUUCCUGAUUGUUUGGAAUAUUGGACGAGUGGAAACUUACACUUUUUUGUCGGCCGAUCCUGUUAUUAUUUUUGUAUCAUCAAGGAAUCGACAGCAAGAAAGAAAGCCAUCGAAACCAGCCAACUCUCGAACCAAUUUGGCUCCAACAUUGUCACAAUCGCGCUUAUUGAGAUCAUAAAGUGAACACAUAUUAUCCAUACCACCACAGGCAACCAUAUUACCUGUCGAUGAGUAGGCACAAGUCAUGGUCCAACUUGAUCGAAGAGAAAUAAUUUUCACCUUAAUCAAUUGAACAGUAAUUGAAUAUUUUAUUAAACAUUCAAUGUUGAUUUUGACGCUGUUUCAAAAAUAGCAAGGAUAACUCACGGGAAAAAUGAAACUACAAUGAUGGUACAAAGUAAACUGAAACUGUCUAUCCUUACCUUGUUCCCUGUGAUGGUGUCCCAAAUUAUGAGCUUACUUUCAAGUGCCGCCGAGACGAGAUGCCUGAUUGGAAUAAAAGGAAUAAAGCAAUAUUUAAGGAACUUGUGUUUCCCAAAACAUUUAGACAUUGUACAGACGCAAAAACUGAUGAUAUUAGUACAACGAGAGCCAUGAACACUCUUGUGUAUUAAAUCAAAACAACGAUGUAAUUAUAUUUAAAUUGUCAAGAUAAGUCACUAAACUCUAAGUAUCUGUUGAAUUACGGAUAAAACAUUACCUGUAAAUGUUCAUGUGGAAUACAAAUAACAAAAUUUUCCCCAUCAAACUAAA